AUGUCUCGAAGCGAAGUCUUUCGAGCCCGUAUGGGCCUGAACACAACGAUCCACGAUAGCCUUAACCCUUACGGCUCUCUUGAACAGGGCCGAGGAACGACUGGGCUGUCGUUCCCACUGGAGGAUACAGCGGACGAUUGGCACCUGGUCAACCUAUGGGGUUGCACAUCCGUCGUGGUCAUCUCCCGCAAACGCAUGUUUCUUACCCACAUCUGGGAAAAACCUUCCAUGGAACAGCCACAGCUUUUCCAAAGUGAGGUAUUGGAUGUUCUCCGAAAUGGUAGUCUGGAGUUUUCCCACCCCCUUACAGUUUUCACUGUGCCCGGCGAAGGCUUCGAAAACAUUGCAGAAAACAAAGUACGUGCGUUCAUCAUUACGCCGUAUAGAGAUUUUGCUAUCAACCCGGCCAGUGACGACAUUAACUAUCCAUACGAAGUAGACAAGAUCAAAGAUCUGUUAAACAACAUCCUUGGACGGAAUGACGCACUAAUCAUACCCUACUCUCCGGCUGAGGAAAAUAAUCGGGAUGAUCUGACCCCGAAAGGCAAGCUUUACAUUCAAUAUGACCCCGUGACAGCCGCUCUCGUGCGAGCAGAAGGCGGAUGCAAUCCGCAGCAAGUUGCGGCGAUAGAGCUUUGGUUUGAGGAUGCUCCGACCUACCGUUACAGAGACACAUGGCAGCCAUUCCCAGAUCAGGUCGUUCAGGCAAAGAAACGCUUCGACCUUACCUACUCCGUCCACCUUGCAGACAACGGUCAGGCCGUCAUUGAGCGACUCAACCGGCGAAAGCUCAAGCCCACCGCCCUCGUCGAUAGCCACAUCAUCACCAACUUCAAAGUCUUCUUUGGCGACGGAUACUCCGUUUCUUACGUGGACACCGGCACAGCCUAG